AUGUCGGCGUUUGGCGCCCCGCCACAAACUCCACAGGGGGCGGCGCCGUCCUCGGCGGCCGCGAGGCCCAGCCCCUUCAGCAGCGUCUUUUCCACCGCGGCGGCGGCGGCUCCGCGGCAGCAGCGGCAACAGUCGUCGUCGCCGUCGGCAGCGGCGGGGUUGAGCGCGCCAGUCUUCGGCACCGCCUCUGCCUUUGGGGCGGGUCCCAACACCGCGCCGGCGCCCAGGUCCGCCUUUGGCGCGUCGUCCUUUGAGCAGCCCACGCGAAAGGGCGGCGGCUUCGCGACGGCGCGGAGUUCCUCCGCCCUUGGCGUGCCAGCGAGUGUCGGUGGAGCCGCAUUACCGCCCACGGCCUCGUCGCCGCAGCCGCAGACGGCGCAACAGUUCCCUAUGCCUCCUCCCGUCUUCCCCAGGCGGGAGUCCGGCGCGCCGACGUUUGAUCCCAUGGCGCCUGGUGCCCCCCGGGGGAGGGGCGGAGGGGAAAACUUCGGCGGAAGAGGCGCAGGGCGUGUGCAUGCCGCAUCGCCUACUUUUGCUUCGCGGUCGCCAAAAACCACGUGGAAGCAGCAGCAGCAGCCGCCGCCGCCGCCAAUGUCAAUGCCACCACUUCAGCAGCAACAUUCGCCUCCGGUGUUCACGGCGCCGGCGACAUUGCCUGCCGCGGAGGACAGAUGGCAGCCGAGGGUGCCCGCGCAGAAGCAGCCACAGACAAGUGUCGGUGUCAACACGACGGCGCAGUUUCUCUCCACGCGAGUAUUUGCGGCCUUUAUGCGCAAGAUUUUAGAAGAAAAUAAUGUACGACGCGAGGAGGCCGCGGAUUUUCUUGAGGAUGCAUUUUUUGGGGUGGUGGGCAGCUACGGCGGCGGCGCGUUCCCGACGCUGCUGCAGCAGAUGCUGACUGUGUGGCAGACGCUGAAGGACGCUCAGCAGCCGUCGCCGAUGAGGGGCGGACACUGGGUGGCGCUCUUCGCCCUCGGCUGCCACCUAAACUUUCUCUCCACGACCAUUCUCGCCGGGGAGGCGGAAGAAGAGCAGCAGCAGGUGGCCGCCGCGGCUGAGAGGAAUAACAACGAUAAUGCUAAUAGUGCUGCUGCUGGGGACCAGCGGCGCCUCAUUCUUGACAACAAGUGGGCCGCACUCACGAAUGGCUGCACGUAUGCCAAUCUGAUGUGCGACAUAUUUUUACAGCUGUUCUCUAAUCAAGCCGAGAACCACGUGCCGUACGGUGUCCUGCCAUUUGUGUUGCGACGAGUCCGCAAUACCUUUGAGCUGGCCAAUGACGAGGGGGUGUUUGCUGUGCAGUCCAACAUGAAGACAAUACUGCUAAAACUGUAUCGCCACGUGCGUGUCCCCACGCUUCAACAGGCGCCACAGUCUGCGCUGGAGCGGCAGCGCACGGCCGCCUACGCGUGUGUGCUGGGGGAGCUGAUGUUACACAGUUACGCCCCAUCCGGCAGGGAUGAGUUUGUUCGGUCCUUUCACCAGCACUGCGGAGGUAUGAUUGAGCUUCGCUGCACGCUGUACCACCACCACGCGCACAACCUCCUGCAGGAGCCUUUGACGGACGCCGUGGUGGAGGAGGCGAUGGAGCUCUUGGCCCGGGCCUUCGUCAUUGCGCCUGAGGGCGCCCACGAGAACAAGCGACUGCUGUUCGUAAAGCUUGCCGCCUGCGGGUUGGCCUUGGGACGCGUGCCCUCGCCGGAGGAGCAGGCUGCGUACAACUUGACCGAGCUGGAGGACCUGAUUGUGGCCGUGCGAAGCGCAAACUGGCUCUUGUUUGACACCGCGAUGCGGAACAACUCGGAGUUUUACGUCCAGUGCGGCAUUCACAACGUGCUUCAGGUGGUCAGCAAGAACAUCGCCCUCUUGAUGGUCGUGAAAUACUACAUCGGCAGCUUCUCCAGUCGCCUGCCGGUGCAGGACAUGAUUGACUACUACCAGCUGCCGUUUACACUUUACGAGGGCUGUCAUGUCUGGCUGCUGCCGCUGCUGGUGGAGAAGCGCAUCAAUGGUGUGAUGGACAGCGGGGUGCUGGUGCUUAGUGGCUCAAACCCCUUUGACGCCUACAGCAAAGAGGCCCUCACCGCCCUCGCCGCGAGCAGCCAGCGUGUGUAG